UGAUCGCAUCUUUGGUUCUGCCGCCGCAAUUCUCGACCAAACCUCUCCCUCCCCCUCCCUCCUUCUUCCUCUUACUCUUAAUCUCUCUCUGUCGCCAAACUUUCUACACCCGCCGCAACACUCCCCACCUCGAUCAGCACAACCGCCACAAUGCCUUCCGUCAAGAACCCCAACGGCCCGUCCAAGAACCGCCUGGCGAACCGGGCCCUCGGCGCCAAGAUGCAGCGAAGGAAGAAGUCCGAGGCGAACCGCAACAAGAUCCUUAAGACGGACGCCAUGCGCGGCGCGAAGCCUGGCCUGGCGCCCACCAGCGGGCCCAACGCGCCGCUGAGCAAGAAGAAGGCCAAGAAGGUCGAGAAGCGGAUCGCCCACGCGCUGAGGAGGAAGAUGGCCGCCGAGGGCGAGGUUGUCAUGAAGGACGUCGAGCCGAUGGAGGAGGACAAGCCAGAGGAGGCUGCCGCGGAGGCGGAGAACAUCGAAUAGAUACGCAGCCGGGGAGGAGGAGGAGGAGAGGUUGCGAGCCCGCCGAGGCCUUCUCUGGGCAUUGGGCAUGGAUGGGUAUGGGGAUACCAGGUCAUAGGAAGCAGUCAUGUCCAUGCUUCGUGAUCUAGAAACUGCAAACUGCAGACGAACCAAGCCCAACCAAAAUACACACGAAAUUGAUACCCCCAUAAAUGAAACCAUUCUGUUCCACAACCACUGAAGGACAUCUUUUCUCGCACCCAGUUGCUUCAGGGUCCUGCUCG